AUGCGGUUAGGAACUACUCUACGGCUCUCCCUAGCGACCGCCCUCACUCUAUCGGUGUCCACAUCGGCGUUCGGCAACUACUCCGAAUCCGACGUUAUCCCCCCGCUCUUUUCGUCCCUAGACGACCGUCCUCCGGAGUGCCCACCUUGUUUCAACUGUCAGCUCGACUCCUUCCAGUGCGCCCAGUUUGCAGCUUGCGACAAGUUUACAGGAAAAUGCGUCUGUCCUCCUGGCUUCGGCGGUGAUGACUGUGCCAAACCGCUCUGCGGGUCCCUGGCGGACGGCCAUGAGAGGUCCCCUCGAGACGAUAAGACGUGUCAAUGCCACGAGGGCUGGACUGGAAUCAAUUGCAAUGUGUGCGAAACUGAUAAUGCCUGUAACGCGAUGAUGCCCGAAGGCGAGGGGGGUGUCUGCUACAAGCAAGGCGUCACAGUCAAGGAGAACUUUCAAAUGUGCGAUGUGACGAAUCGCAUGAUUUUGAAGCAGCUGGAUGGACGGAAACCCCAAGUUACCUUCUCUUGCGAGGCGGAAGACCACACCUGUAACUUCCAGUUCUGGGUCGACCAGCGGGAGUCGUUUUACUGUGGCCUAGACACCUGCGACUGGAGUCUGGAAACCAGCAACACCCAAAAUAAAACUAACUACAAGUGUGAUAACAUCCAGUGCAAAUGCAUUCCAGACCGUAUGCUGUGUGGAGAGUCCGGCUCCGUUGAUAUCGGAGACUUCCUCGAGCAAUCCAUCAAGGGGCCAGCCUCCUUCUACACGGUGUCUACAUUGGGCGGCAGCAAAUCUGAUGGAAGCGUCUUCUCGGAGCCUGCGAUGAAUGACCUCAUCCAGAGCAUCUUCGGAGACCCAAGUAUCUUCCUGCAAUGCGACGCGGGAGAGUGUUUAUAUAAAACCGAUGUCCCAGGAUACACGCGCCCCGUCAAACAGAUCAAUACGCCUCUCAUUGCCGGUGUGAUCGCUGGCUGUGCACUUUUUAUCGUCGCAGUCAUUCUGGUGGUGUGGUAUCUCUCUCGCAGAGCUUACCGCGGACGCAUUCAACUGCCACUCUCUGAUGACUCUGAUGAUGAAGCCUCCAAACUCAUGGCCGAGCACAGACCAGCUGCCUUAUACUGGGACAAUGUUUCAUAUCACCUCAACGGAAAGCCAAUUCUAUAUGACCUCCACGGUGCCGCCCAACCUGGUGAGAUAACUGCCAUUAUGGGUGCAUCGGGUGCCGGAAAGACGAGCUUCCUUGACAUCCUUGCGCGAAAGAACAAGCGGGGGGCUAUUCAUGGAGACUUCUACGUCAACGGAGAGAAACUCAAUGACAAUGAUUUCAAGACCAUGAUUGGAUUUGUGGAUCAGGAAGACACCAUGCUUCCUACCCUGACCGUGCAUGAGACCAUCCUGACCAGUGCGCUAUUACGCCUACCCCGGGAUAUGAGUCGGGCGGCAAAGGAACAGCGCGUAAUCGAGGUGGAAAAACAGCUUGGUAUCUAUCAGAUCCGAAACCAGCUGAUCGGCUCGGAAGAAGGCAGAGGUCGGGGCAUCUCUGGGGGCGAAAAGCGUCGAGUGGGAAUCGCCUGCGAGCUGGUCACGAGCCCGAGUAUUCUCUUCCUCGACGAACCCACUAGCGGACUGGACGCAUUCAAUGCAUUCAAUGUCGUGGAGUGCUUGGUAACGCUGGCGAAGACCUAUAAUCGGACCGUUAUCUUUACCAUCCAUCAACCACGAUCCAACAUCGUCGCGUUGUUUGACCGCUUGGUUCUCCUGGCUCAAGGAAGGACCGUGUACUCAGGGCCCUUCUCGACCUGCCAGGACUUCUUCGAUGCGUCUGGAUACAGUUGCCCUCCUGGUUUCAACAUCGCGGACUAUCUCGUAGAUCUGACCAUGCACGCCAGUGCUUCCCAGCCGUACAGCGACGAGGUACGGCCUAACCUACUAGAUGUCCGGACGGAUCCACCCAAGACUGCCUCGAGCAGUUUACGAGCCGUCAAGUCCGUGGCUAGCGUGUCGAAUGUGAGCACGGAAGAUAAUUCCAGCAGUACUGUGGAAGCCAACCGGCGGCCAAAGACGAGCCGACGGAUUUCGCUGAAGCAACGACAGGAUCGGCAGCUCUACACGCGGAAGAAAGACCCCGAGACUCCACCCACCCCAAAGACUGAUGACGAGGAUGCCCCUGCAAACGAAGUAGCGGACAACACCCGACGCUGGCUGCGUUUGGCCCGGCAACAAGGCAAUGUUCCUCCGCAGAUCCUGGAUGACCCCGACGAGCUGCCUCCGGCUGCUCCCGGCCAGAGUGAUCUUGAUAUUUUGAUCGCCAAUUACGCCGCGUCAGAUGUUGCUCGGUCUGUCCAUGAUGAAAUUAUGAGCGCCGUGCAAAGCGCGCAAGCGGCGAACGGGUCGGCCAAUGAGGAGAUUAUUGCUGGAACGCAAGGACCUACUUCCAAGGGCCAUGCCCGAGUGGGGCUCCUCCGGCAGUUCAUCAUCUUAUCCCAGCGAACAUGGCGAAACCUCUACCGAAACCCCAUGCUGAUGCUGACGCACUAUGCGAUUGCGAUCCUUCUCGCUGUCCUGUGUGGAUUCUUAUUCUACGGACUAACGGAUGAUAUUAAGGGCUUCCAGAACCGACUGGGACUGUUCUUCUUCAUCCUGGCGCUGUUUGGAUUUAGUACACUUACCAGUCUGACGGUUUUCAGCGGGGAGCGACUACUAUUUGUGCGCGAGCGGGCGAACGGAUAUUACCAUCCUGUGACCUACUUUGCGUCCAAGGUGGUGUUUGAUAUUGUUCCCCUCCGUCUGAUCCCUCCCAUCAUCAUGGGUGUGAUUGUGUACCCGAUGACGGGCUUGAUCCCUGCAUGGGGCGAGUUUUUCCGCUUCAUCUUGGUCCUAGUUCUGUUCAACCUCGCGGCUGCGAACAUUUGCCUCUUUAUCGGCAUCGUUUUCCGAGAUGGCGGGGUGGCCAACUUGAUCGGCAGUCUGGUGAUGCUGUUCAGUUUGUUGUUUGCGGGCCUCCUACUCAACCACGAUGCGAUCCCUAAGUCUGCUCUGUGGUUACAGACGCUGUCGAUCUUCCAUUAUGGAUUCGAGGCCCUGAUCGUAAACGAAGUAACCUAUCUGACGCUGAUUGAUCACAAGUACGGGCUGGAUAUUGAGGUUCCGGGAGCGUCGAUUCUGAGUGCGUUUGGAUUCAACACGCAGGCGCUGUGGACGGACGUUAUCGGAUUGGCGGUGAUCUCGGGGGCAUUUAUCGUGAUUGCGUAUGCGGCGAUGCAUGUGUUGUUGAUUGAGAAGCGGUGA